AUGACGAUAAUGGAAAAACAAAUGAAAGAAAAGAGACAUUCAAAUUCAUUAUUAGAAAAUGUUAAAAUUCGUGACUUCGUGGAUGAAGAUGGUGAGGAUAUCCGGCGAAUUUAUGCCGAUUCAAUGCUAAGCAACGUUCCAUAUGCCCUCAGCUCUACCAUGCAACAUCGUCAUAUCCUAUGUCUGUGGAUUGGACUAACGUAUUUCACCGUAAAAAACCAUAGUGCCUCUCGUAUAACGUUGAUGAUAAUCGUAUUCAUCGGAUGGGGGAUUUUCUUGUACGUAAAUGCCAAUCGGUUCAUAACCAACUUAAUUUCGUAUGAAACCCGGCAAGUUAUCCUUCGAGAACUGUCCAAAGUUAAAGAAUAUUAUAGUACGAAACCUCAAUCGUUAUAUAAUGUGGUCACCACAAAACCGGAAAAGCAACAUAAGGACCAUUCAUCUAUCAUUGAUUCACACUCAGUUUAUGGAGAACUACUUCCAUUCAAGUUCAAUGAUCAAAUCUCAAAAUUUUGGGUGGCGGUUGAUAAAAGAUCGGGGAAUCGAGUGAUCGGAUUCUUGGCUUUAAGGGACGAUGAAACAAAACGAAGAAAAAUCCAGGAACAUGAGCCACAAAUAAAAUAUUUGUGUGUCGACACAAAUUACAUGAGACAAGGCGUAGCCACUUUAUUGAUGCAGCAUGCUAUAAAAUUCGCUUAUAAGAGAAAGGUGAUGAGAAUUGGUGUGACAGCCUCCACAUGGCAUGAACCGGCAGCAGAGAUGUUCUAUCGAUUUGGUUUUAGAGAGGUUAUGCGAGAAGCUAUAAACUAUGGAUUAGCUGAAAAGGUAAAGCUUUCUCUGGAUGUGGAAUCGUGGAUUAGGUACCGCAAAGCCCGCAAAUUAUGUUCUUCCUAA